AAGAGAGCUGAUAAACGCAUUGAGCCAGUCUGUUCAGUAGUACAAUGAAACAGUAAACUGUCUUUAAACAAACACAUUUGCCGUAAUCUCAUCAAACGUUUAUAUGUGUGCGUGAUGGCGUGGGGAGUGUGCAGCAGGGCUCUUGUGUGGAUUAUAACUGCGUUGAUAUGGUGGAGUCACAGUGGUCUGAUGGGCUUCUGCAGCAGUAGUACAGUGUCUGUACCAGAAAGUCUGCUCUUUGUGUCCACCUUAGAUGGGAACCUUCAUGCUGUCAGCAAGAUAUCUGGAACCAUCAAAUGGACCUUGAAAGAAGAUCCUGUUUUACAAGUCCCGACGCACGUGUCAGAGCCUGCAUUUCUCCCGGAUCCCAAUGAUGGCAGUUUGUACUCUCUCGGAGGGAAGAAUAAUGAAGGGUUGACGAAACUGCCGUUUACCAUUCCUGAGCUGGUUCAGGCAUCACCCUGUCGCAGUUCUGAUGGCAUCUUAUACAUGGGUAAGAAGCAGGAUGUGUGGUAUGUUGUGGAUCUGCUGACUGGUGAAAAGAAGCAGACUCUGACUUCCUCCUAUGCUGAGAUGUUAUGUCCAUCUUCGUCCCUGUUUUACCUUGGCCGCACAGAAUACACGAUCACUAUGUAUGACACCAAAAGCAGAGAGCUGCGCUGGAAUGCUACUUACUCUGACUAUGCCUUCACCCUUCCAGAUGAAGACACCAAAUACAAUAUGGCCCACUUUGUGUCCAAUGGCGAUGGUCUAGUGGUGACAGUGGACAGCGAGUCUGGAGACGUGCAGUGGGUUCAGAACUACAACUCCCCUGUGGUGGCAGUCUAUAUCUGGCAGCGUGAGGGACUGCGCAAAGUCCCACACACCAAUGUUGCUGUUGAAACAUUACGCUACCUCACGUUCAUGUCAGGAGAGGUGGGCCGCAUCACACAGUGGAAGUAUCCAUUUCCUCGAGAAAAGAAAA